AUGACUAACAGAACAAACGCCACGGAGUUGCAGGACCAGUACAACGGCACUUCCGGGCAGGACGAGUACGAAGACUAUUACGAUGACGACUACGAGCUGGAACCGCUGGAGGUUCCACUUGCUAUAGCUGUGCAUGACCUUGCUGAGCUGAUGGAGACAACUCCUGUUGAGGUUAUCAAGGAGUUCAUGCGCGGUGGCUAUAUGUUCUCGAUCAACGAGGUUGUCGGACACGACCUGGUUGUGGGGAUUGCACCGUCAUUCGGAUUUGAAGUUCUGCCCCUCGAAGCAGAGAGCGGCGCAGGUUCCAUUGUACCGUCAACUGAUGACGUCGAUCCCGCCUUGCUCGAAGAUCGUCCUCCUGUCGUUACCAUCCUGGGACACGUUGACCACGGCAAGACGACCUUGCUGGACACAAUCCGCAAGACCAACGUCGUAGAUGGCGAAGCAGGUGGCAUUACGCAGCACAUAGGCGCGUAUCAGCGUUCACGGCGAUGCGCGCGCGGGGGAGCGCAAGUGACCGACAUCGCGGUACUUGUCAUUGCCGCGGACGACGGCAUCAUGCCGCAGACCGAGGAGGCGAUCAACCAUGUGAAGGCUGCGGAGGUUCCCAUCGUCGUAGCAAUAAACAAGGUUGACCGGCCCGAAGCCGAUCCUGAGCGUGUGAAGCGCCAGCUUGCUGAGCGCAACCUACUCGUCGAAGAUUGGGGCGGUGAUGUCAUCGCGCUGCCCGUGUCGGCGCUAACGGGCGACGGCGUGAAUGACCUGCUUGACAACCUUGCGAUCGUCGCAGAGGUCAGCGAGCUUAAGGCUAAUGUCGGCAGGCAAGCCAGGGGUGUAGUUGUCGAGGCUCGAAUAGACCGCAGCCGAGGAACAGUCGCAACCGUUCUGGUGCAAGCCGGAAAGCUGCAUGUCGGGGACAAUAUCGUCGUCGGUAAUCUUCGUGGGCGCAUUCGCGCGAUGCAAGCGGACAGCGGGGAGCCCGUGGAAACGGCUACUCCCUCGCAGCCCGUCGAGAUUCUGGGCAUCAGAGGCGUACCUGAGGCGGGCGACAUCCUGGAGGUCGCCAAGGACGAGCGAUCCGCGCGUCAGCUUGCCGAGGCACGUAUUCGCCAGUCAGAGAUUAAGCGAGCCGCAGGUCCAACCAUGGAAGAUGUGCAUACUCGCAUCGCCGCGGGUGAAGUCAAGGCGCUCAACCUGAUAAUCAAGACCGACGUGCAGGGCACCGUCGAGGCUGUCAAGGGCGCGCUGAACGGGCUGAACACAGAGCAGAGCAGAGUCAACAUUGUUCAUAUUGCGAGCGGCGCAAUCACCGAGAGCGAUGUGCUGCUUGGGAUGGCGUCUAAGGCGAUCAUCGUUGGCUUCAACACCGAGCCGGGGCAGGGCGCGAUGGCACUCGCCAAUCAGGAAGGCGUAGAGAUUCGCCAUUACAAUAUCAUCUAUAACCUUCUUGAGGAUGUGGAACUCGCGCUCACGGGCCUGCUCGAACCCGUUUACAGGGAUGUAACUGAGGGGCAUGCCACCAUCCGAGCUAUCUUCGGUGUGGGCAGACGCUUUAAGGUCGCAGGCUUCUAUGUGAAUGACGGCCAAAUCCAGCGGAGUUCUACGAUACAUGUGCUGCGCGGCGGGCAGAAUAUCUACAAGGGCUCAAUCUCCAGCCUCAAGCACUUUAAGGACGAUGUGCGCGAGGUCAAUAUCGGCUUCGAGGGCGGUCUGAUGCUCGAAGGCUUCAACGGUUUUGAAGAAGGCGACAUUCUUGAGGCUCACCGCUCGGAGCGCGUUCGCUAG